GAACACAUAGCAAGGGUGUCCUUGCUUCCCGUGAAUCUUACCAUCACCAGUUUGAUUCUCUGCGUACCUGUGGCAUUUACCCAUGGUGCUCCUUUUAUUUUAAAAAUGAUCUUUUCACUCUUUACCUGACAGGUGGAUUAUUCUUACACUGGAGGGAAUGCAAUGGCCUCAUCAAAGACCCAAAGAAGAAUGUGAAAAAUCUUCUACUUUUCCAGAGGUCGGCUGUGAGGCCAGCCCCUUUGCUGCCGCCGUGGCAACCAUGCAAUUAAUGGAAGGGACCAUAUCAGAGGCUGGUCCUGGAGGGGACCAGCCGGAGCGGCCCGCUGUUAUCCAGUCACAUCUGUGGAAAAGGAUGCCAGAGAAGUUUUUGAAGGGGGAGCCCAAAGUCCUUGGGGUCGUGCAGAUCCUGAUUGCCAUGACGAACCUCAGCCUGGAAAUAAUAAAGAUGAGUGCCACAUUGCCAUUUUCUGACACACAUUCUGUUUCAGGGCUGGACGUGUACAUAAUUGGGAGGCCAGUGAUGUUUAUUAUUUCAGGGUCCUUGUCAGUUGUAGCAGGAAUUAGAACUACAAAAGGUCUGAUUCAAACUAGCCUAGGAUUAAACAUCUUCAGUUCUGUCUUGGCCGGAGUAGGGGUCCCCUUGGCUAUCUCCUCCUUGGAAGACUUUCAAGCAGGUGUCUCUGCCUGCAUCUUUUAUCAGAGGUUGGAGAGUUGUUCCAUGGCCAUGGCCAUUUUACUGAGUCUGGAUGCUGUGGUGCUCCUUUUAACCGUGCUUGAGUUCUUCGUUGCUCUGACCCUAUCUGCCUUUGGAUGCAAAGUCACCUGUUGUCAUCCUGGCGGGGUUGUGUUGAUUCUGCCAUCGAAUCCUCAUGUGGCGGAAACAGCAUCUCCCACACCAUUUACAGAGGUCUGAUGUCACCAACAGAUCAACAGCAAAAUGUUCCAGAAAACCUAUCCUGCCAGUUGGGCAAGGACACCACUUGGGGAAGUACCAGAAUCCAACUCUGAUUCUGUAUAUAUACAGAAUGUAUAUAUGUAUAUAUAUAUUUCAGAAUCAUGUUCUCAUUUUCCCCCAAGACCUCAACAACUCAUUUACUGGCUCUUUAUCAACAAUAGCAGAAAUUAAAUAAAUAAA